CAUCGAAGUUACCGGGAAAUCGCCAUUGUUUGAAUAAAAAGCUCAACAUCCUAGUACCUAUUAUGGAUAAACAUUCAUUCGUCUGUAAGUAGCGCAUUAAUCUCUGCCUUACCCAACGCGGAAAGUCGCAGGGUAAAAAAUUGGCGCUUAUUUUAAACGAUUUCCUCUAAAAAUACCGCCAAUCGGAAUUCCAGGUCCUCGACCAGGGUUAAAUGUUGGACAGUGAUGGCCGAUGACAGUGACAUUGACAGCUGGUAUUUAAUGAAAGAUGAAAUCGUUCACCCGCCCUGUAAAAACCUGCGUUCGAAAUUCAACGACCCUGAGCACAACGGGGCCAGAAUAUCAAACGGUUACUCCGCAGCCUCCCAUCGAUCUCAAAACGCGGAACAAAUAUCGUCUCCAUCCAGUACCGAGGUUCGUUUCAUAAACCCAGCGAUAUACGCGGAGUCUCUCACACCCUCGAACGGCUUCGCCGAGAACGUGAGGACGCCCCGCACAAGCACCGACGAGGAGGCAACCGUCGUCGUCGAGGUCCGUUACGGCGAUUCGAACGGUCUUGCAGACGGGCUCUCCACCCUAUCAGUCAACGAAGACUCCCCCAGUAUCGGCGAAGGUGAUGCCCCAAGUGAUCAGGUUGACCUGGGUGCAGCGGACACGUACCGAUGCAGUUCCCAGUCAGACACAUCGCGGACCUCGACGCUUACCCUGACGCACAAUUCAAAGUCCGUCACUCGGCUCGUGAGGCGGUGCGUAAUCGAUGGGUCUUCAAAAAUUUACGACGAUGGAGACACGGCCGCGGAUCAGGAGGACGUCCACAGGUUUUCUGCGAAUUGUCGAAGAAUAGUGCAGCUCUCCUCCUCGUCGGUCUCGAGUUCUACAUUCUCUGACAGCAGAACGAGCGGCCCAGUUCUUGCUCGUAGAAUCGCCCAUCAGGAAUGGGUCCGGAAGAAGCAGCGGGCUGCUCUCCAGAAAAGCGAAGCUGAGCGCAGGGCCGAACUCAGACGUCGGCAGGAAGAGGAACGGGCUGAGAGGGAGCGAGUUGAGCGCGAGCGGAAGGAACGAGAGAAUUUUUUAAGAUGGCAGGAACGGAAGAAGAAGGAAGAAGCGAAUAGGAAACUGGCUGUCGAACAGGAACUCGAAUUUCAAAGGCGGCUGAAGUCGGUCGAAGAUCGAGCCGCCAUCGCGAAGAUAAUACAUCUUCAGCAGUGGGCGAGGAAAAAGGAAGCAGCGCAGAAAGCACAACAGAAGGAACAAGAGCUUAAACAAAAGGCCAUUGAGGAAGAGCGGAAAAAGAGACUGGCGGAAAGCUCUGAGGCUUUCGAGAAGUGGCGGGAAAGCGCGAAGAGCAGACCGAGGCCUGCUACUCAGGGACUCCUACCCCAUCAGCGCGCUAAGCCGUCCUACGUGAAUCCGAAGCCCUGGCAGCAAAUCGUCGACGCAGAAGAACCGGAAUCCCAGGAUGACUUGUUGAGUAAAAAACCCGCGAUGCAGGGCAAGUCAAAGGAUAAUAUUGUGAGGAGAAGCAUCGUGUCGCAUCACUGACAACGACGAAAUGGCGCGAAAAAGGAACGUCAAUUGAAAGAGGAGCCCACCCACGUAUUUUUCAAAUCUUAAUCAGAGACGGUAUACCGAUCACUAUUCGAUCGAUCACUAUUAUCGCCAGCAUCAACGCGGAUCCCGAUAAUUAUUAUAUCGCUUCGAUCGUUUCUAACCUCUCCUACAGGCCAUCCCUGCAUCAGGAUGAGUUGCAUUUCGUGAUCAUUUGCGACAUGUAUAUUAUUAUUAAAUUCGUGAGAUGCAGUGAAAUCAUGUUACGAAAAGAGAAACGAGAGCUAGGUCUCUUUUUUAAUUCAGGUUACUCGCUUCUCGGUAUAUCUAAUUUUUAGGGCCCCGUUUGAGUUAACUUCAACUGGUAGCCAAAAUUUAAAUCCCGUCACAUUGCCAUUAUUAUUUUACGAAUUUCGUUCUUUUCAUUGAAUUUAAUUCGUGUCAAAUGUAUUUAUCAACAGCUGAUAAUUACAACGUGAUUGAAUCUGUAUUUCACCAAUUUUUUAAGCUCAACUCACAAGGUUCCUCUACAUGUCUUAUUUUGAAACAAUCCCUUGCAUAAUUUGGUGUGAUUUACCCGGAGAUUGCUAGCUACAUUUUUUUAUAGAUAAUGUUUAAUGACAGCUAAUUACCUUCUCCGUCGAGGUCUAAGAAACUGAGUCACAGACGACUCAUAGAAGUAUUGUAUAAUUGUAUUUACUAGCUCUUGCCCCUUUUCGUAUUAUAUCUUAAUAUUACAUCCGGACUAGUUAUCGUCUUGUGGCGCUAUCUCCUAUAAAAUACAAAUCGA